AUGGGUCCCAAGAAGGAAAAUAUCCCCUUAAUAAAGGGUCAAGAAGCCGAGGAUUUGGUUAAAAAUUACCUCAAAGAACAGUAUCGGCCGUAUUCAGUUUCAGAUUUGAUAUUGAACUUACACAACAAGAUAAACAAGGCAACCAUGACUAAAUGUCUAGACUCUUUAGUUUCUACCAAUGAAAUAGUUUCAAAGACUUACGGAAAAAUGGUCUAUUAUGUAUACAAAGAGGAAGAAAUUGACAAGAACUUAGAAGCGGAAGUUAAUACUGAAUCUAUAAAAAAAAUUAAAGAAGAUGUUGACGAUUUAAACAAAUGUGUGAGGACCUUGCAGACUGAAUAUGACGAGCUCAUUAAGUUGCCAACAAACGAAGAAGCAGUAUUGCAGACUAAGGAACUAGAAAAGGAAUUAGUUGUUCUAGAAAAUAAACUUGCAUCUAUAAAGAGUGAGGGAAGUACAAGGUUGUCUAAAAAGGAGAUAGAUAAAUGCAAAGAUUAUACGAAGGAACUUGAACGUAUUUUCAGACAAAGAAAGAAAUUGGUACGUAAAGCUGAGACGAUGUCCCUUUAUUAUUCAACAUUACUAACAUCCCAAUUAGUUCAAUAA